CGACUGAUUGCCGGCACGUGGCAUCAUAUUAUGCGGCAUGUGCCCUAAUUCUGUUAUUACUUUACAGAGUUUUGUGUUAUUGAGAGAUCUGAAGGAAGGAAAGUAAAAUAUAUUCAUCAUUCUUAAAAUAUGUACUUGAAAUAAGACUAUAAACGAUUUGCAAUUAUGGUGAUACCUAAAUUUAAAAAUCAAAGCAAGGAGGAACGUAUGGUAAUAACAAUUGGAGAGAUAAUACAGGAGUUAUUAAAGGCACACAAUGAAAAUCGAAACAUUGAUCUAAAUAAAUUAAAGACACGAAUUUCUUCAAAAUAUGGCUUGGAUUCUUCCCCAAGAUUGGUUGAUAUUAUUGCAGCAGUGCCUAGUUAUGCUAGAAAUAUACUUGUACCAAAAUUGAAGGCUAAACCUAUCAGGACUGCUAGUGGGAUUGCAGUUGUAGCAGUAAUGUGCAAACCACAUCGAUGUCCGCACAUUAAUAUGACAGGAAAUAUUUGUGUUUAUUGCCCUGGUGGUCCAGAUUCUGAUUUUGAAUAUUCAACUCAAUCUUACACAGGAUAUGAACCUACAUCAAUGAGAGCUAUACGAGCAAGAUAUAAUCCUUUCUUACAAACUAGACAUCGUGUUGAACAGUUGAAGCAGUUGGGUCAUAAUGUUGACAAGAUCGAAUUUAUUGUUAUGGGUGGUACUUUCAUGUCUUUGCCAGAUGACUAUAGAGAUUAUUUUAUACGAAGUUUACAUGAUGCGCUCUCAGGUCAUGUAAGCAAUAAUGUUGACGAAGCAGUGAGUUAUUCGGAACGUAGUACUACAAAAUGUAUCGGCAUCACUAUUGAAACUCGACCAGAUUAUUGUCUCAAAAAGCAUCUCUCGGAUAUGUUACGUUAUGGAUGCACACGUUUAGAAAUUGGUGUACAAUCGAUAUAUGAAGAUGUAGCACGUGAUACUAAUAGAGGGCAUACAGUACGCGCUGUAUGUGAAAGUUUUCAACUAGCAAAAGAUGCUGGAUUCAAGGUGAUAGCUCACAUGAUGCCAGAUUUACCAAAUGUCGAUUUGGAACGAGAUAUCGCUCAGUUUAAAGAAUUCUUCAAAGAUCCUGCAUUUCGAGCGGAUGGAUUAAAAAUUUAUCCAACAUUGGUUAUACGUGGCACCGGCUUGUAUGAAUUAUGGAAAACUGGCAGAUAUAAAAGCUAUGCUCCAAGUGUAUUAAUCGAUCUUAUAGCUCGUAUUCUAGCAUUGAUACCUCCUUGGACUCGCGUUUAUCGCGUACAACGUGAUAUACCUAUGCCAUUAGUAACUUCUGGUGUAGAACAUGGGAAUCUACGUGAAUUAGCUCUAGAGAGAAUGAAGGAUAUGGGCACAGACUGCCGUGAUGUUAGAACGCGUGAAGUAGGGAUUCAAGAAAUACAUCAUAAAGUGCAACCUUACGAAGUAGAGCUUAUACGACGUGAUUACGUAGCAAACGGCGGAUGGGAGACAUUUCUGUCAUACGAAGAUCCCUUACAAGAUAUUCUAAUUGGCCUACUCAGAUUAAGGAAAUGUUCGACCAACACAUUCAGAUCGGAAUUAAAAGAAAAAACUUCUAUAGUUAGAGAGCUUCACGUUUAUGGCAGUGUAGUACCUGUUAGUGCUCGCGAUCCUACAAAGUUUCAACACCAAGGCUUCGGCAUUUUGUUAAUGGAAGAAGCUGAACGAAUCGCAAAAGAGGAACAUCAAUCUCAUAAAAUUUCUGUAAUUUCAGGCGUUGGUACACGGAAUUAUUAUAGAAAAUUAGGUUACGAACUUGAUGGUCCAUACAUGUCUAAAAUGCUUAUAUAA